AUGAAAACCGCAGCCCGCCUGGCCCUGCUCAGCAGCACCGGCCUUGUUUCCAGCAUUAUUCUCCCACCCCAUCGCGGCCAACCAUCCAAUCCCUCACCUCUUAUUUCGACCACCAAUGGAGCCAUAUUCCAGGUCGAGGUCCAAAUCAACAACCAGACCUUCCACCUCAUCCCCGACACAGGGAGCAGUGACCUUUGGGUCCCGGUAGCCGACUUCCAAUGUGUCGAACCAGGAAGUGGGAACGAAGUCUCACAAGAGGAAUGUCACUUCGGAGGCACAUACCAGGUGCCGAACACGACCGAGUACGUCACCAACCAGACCUUCGGCGUACAAUACGGCACCGGGAUAGCGUUGGGCAGAGUCGGAUACGCCGACGUCACACUGAACGGCAUCACAAUCGAGCAUCAGAUCACCCUGAUGACUUUGAUUGUGGACGGCAUCACUUGGGGUAGUGGCUCAUCCACGAACUCUUCCAUCACCGAUUCGACCUCGUUUCAGGCCGUGGUCGACACUGGGAAUCACUCGAACCUUAUUCCCACCGCUGUUGCUGAAGCUGUCAACAACGCGUUCGACCCUCCUGGCGUCUUUGAUGCGGACUCGCGUGUCUAUAUCGUCGAUUGCAACGCCACAACCCCGGAAUUUGGCAUUAUCCUCGAUGGACAGACCUUCUGGCACCGGAGUCCAGAGGAUCUUAUUCACCGUCAUGUAAGCGGGUUCUGCUGCUCCAGCAUCGCGCCAACUGCAGAGAACGAUGAAAUUGGGCUCAAUUUCUUGGGAGACGCAUUCCUGAGAAAUGUGGUGUCUGUGUUGGACUUUGGAGAGGAAGAAAUACGAUUUGCUGCGAGGACCGAUAAACAAUUCCAUCCCUGUCCCAGCUCAAAUCUCAGGUGCCGUCGCUGGACAUGGUGUAUGACUUGGUGGUAUAUUGCUUCGCUGUUACCCAUGGUCAUGUGGUGCAUUUGA